CACCACGCACACACACAAGCUCAUCGAAGUCACAGCUCAGCUUCAACUCGUCUCGAGCUAGAAAAGAUCAGAGCGCAGCUCGGCUUCGUCCUCAACUCGCGCGUCUUCUUGGAGGAGGGCCGGAGCGAGCUUUACGGUCGAGGAGGAAGAGAUGGAGGUCGCCGCCGCGAGCUACGUGGCCGACGACGUUGACAGCUGCCUGAAGGCGACCGAGCUGAGGCUCGGCCUGCCGGGCACCGAGGAGACGCCGGCCGCGGCGCUGCCGACGCCGCCGUCCACGCCCAGGGGCAAGAAGCGCGACGGGAACAACACCGGCGCCGAGGAGGCAGCCAAGACCGCUCCGCCGGCCGCCAAGGCUCAGGUGGUGGGAUGGCCGCCGGUGAGGUCCUACAGGAAGAGCUGCUUCCAGCAGUCCAGCAGCGCCGCCAAGAGCAAGCCGGCGGCGCCGGAGGAGAAGGCCCCGGCCCCGGCCCCGGCCCCUGCCGCCGCCGCCGCCGGUGGCAACGCGCUGUUCGUCAAGGUGAGCAUGGACGGAGCCCCCUACCUGAGGAAGGUGGACCUCAAGAUGUACAAGGGCUACCGGGAGCUCAGGGAAGCCCUGGAGGCCAUGUUCCUCUGCUUCUCCGGCGGCGCCGACGCGCCGGCCGUCAACCCCUCCGACUUCGCCGUCACCUACGAGGACAAGGACGGCGACCUCAUGCUCGUCGGAGACGUGCCCUUCGACAUGUUCAUCAGCACCUGCAAGAGGUUGAGGAUCAUGAAGGGGUCUGAAGCCAGAGGCCUGGGGUCAGUGAAGAACAACUGAGGUUGCAGGAUGCAUGUCUUGUGCAUGAGCAGAUUCUUUUGUUCUUUUGGGUUGGAAUCUCCAAGGCAUGGACAUGUUUUCACCAUCUCCCCUUGUCUGACUCGACUCCAUCUUUGACACAACAACAUGAAGACAAGACAAAGGCAAAGGAUGCAAGGUCGAGAAGAGGAGUGAGUUAAGCUUGCAAGGAGAGACAGCUUUGUGCGUCAAAGUGCAUGCAUGCGUGGAUGUGUGGUCACUUUGUUUCUAUUUUUCUUUUCUUUUUUUACUUCUACUACUACUAGGUGUUAGCAACACAAAAGGAGUGGAGAUUCGAGUUGACAUCUCCAUGUGUGUUUGUACAAAGCCAAAGAUCACUUUUAAGUUAUAUCUAUCAGUGCUUGGUUACUUCUGUAAGUGCAGGGGAAAACAGGUCUGUUCUGUUUUCCCCUCUGAUGAGUUUAUCUAUCCAUAUAUUUCCUUUUGGUUGUGCAA